CCUGUGUUAUACAGCGCAAGUGCGGAUCCAGCUCGCCUUGGGUGCACCUGCUGGUGCCAUGACGGAGGCGCGAACGAACUGCGAUUUGUACACACCGGACGACGGCGUGGAAGGGGUCUUGAGUAACGAGGAUAUGAGUGCGGAGCAGCCCAUCUUCUCCGCACUCAGAAGCGGGGGUCCGGAAGAGGACACCGCGGUGGGACAGAAGCUAAGUCUCGGUGGGAAAAAAGCACCCGCAGCCGCCCUGUCUCCCACCACUACUUCCGACACAGAGUCCGGGAUAUUCUCCGUGGAGUGCGAAACAUGUGUGGAGCACGAAUCCGAGUUGGACUGGUUCUGUGGUACCGAGUUGAAGCUGAUUUGCUCUCACUGCGCCAGUGUAGGGUCCUGCCACGGACACUCAGUGACCCCUCUGGCUGCCAGAGUCACCGCAGUUCGGAAUCAACUGGUGGAUGCAUGUGAGAAAAUGCAACUGCAGGCGCUGAGGAUGGAAAGGUUCAUCGAGCAGACGCUUAGGAGCAAGGAGCACAAACUUCAGGUGGCGGCGUGCAUGGCGAGGGAGCAGGUGGUGGCCCAGGUAAGCGCUGCCCGCGAGGCCCUGGAAGAGGAGGAGCAGCGCCUGCUGGAGGAGAUACAACGGGAAGAGGAGCGUGUGGAGCAGUGCCUCCUCACACAGAAGGCUCACUGGAGCCAAGCGCUGGCUGGUCUGACACGCACACGCUCACGCCUGGUGCACACCCUGACGCACUCUCCGGAUGCACAGCUGGUGACGAGCAUUCCGGAGAUUGCUGAAAGAGUGGAGGAGGCGGAGGGUUUGGGUGAGCCGUGUGACACUGAGCAGCUUAACCUGAGGCCAGGUUGCACUGACAGCAAGCUUCUGAGAGGACUGUGGGCCAUCGCCAUGCUGCAGGGACCAAAUGCUUAUGGUUCACCUUCUUUAAAGUUUGACGCGUGCACAGUAAGUCCCCUCCUGUCGCUCUCUGAUGACCACUGCACUCUGACCUUUCUCCAUAAAAAACGCCGCCAGCCGCUUCCCUACGACCCAGCACGCUUCGACAACUGGCCUAACGCCAUGGGCUCGCUAUCCAUGUCCUCUGGUUGCCACAGCUGGGUGCUGGAUGUGGGUCAGAGUGCCGCCUUUAAGGUGGGGGUCUGCUACGCCAGCCUGCAGCGCAAAGGCUCCGGAGACGAUGCUCGGCUCGGACAUAACGAGCAGUCGUGGGUGCUGUGCCACUACGACGGCGAGUAUGCGUUCUAUCACCAGGGGAAGAAGGUGCCGCUGCAGGUGGUGGUCAAACCCCAGAAGGUGGGUGUCUUGCUGGACUGGCGCAGUCAAACCCUGUUGUUUUACGAGCCAGAGUCCAGUGCUGUUUUGUACGCUGUAACAAAUCACUUUAGCGCCCCCUUGCUGCCGGCCUUUGCUGUGACAGACCGAAGCAUCACCAUACUACACUGACAAAACCUAGCAGGACAUUUUCUAUGCCAUUUUUUAGUACUGUGCAUUUAAAUUACAUGUUGAUCGUACUAUAAUUGAAUACCUUUGACUGAAAUGUUUUGUUACUAUCCAGAUAAAAACAGUUUGUCGAAAAAGUCGUCCAAAUCAUUUUCUGUCCAGUAAAUGAGUAAUUGUCUACAGCUUUUUGUCGCCCCGAGGUGCCAAAGGCUUUUAGAGACUGAUACAACCACAAGGGGGCAGUAC